GUAUUUAAAACAAUCAAUUACGCCUUUGACAGUCUGUAGUUCAAUUUUGGUUAAUUUUAACCUACAAAAUAAAUCUUUAGGUGUUGUUUUGAUUAAAAAUAAAGGCAAAAUUGGCUCUGAAUUCAGUAAGCCGAAAGCUACAAAGACGAAAGAACUAUGGAUGAAUCGGAGGAACCCAAUUAUUGCUACCCUGGUACUUUCUACAACCGAAUUUUAGACGAUAACAACACUCACUUCGACGAACGAUCACUUGGCGAACUCAAAAUAUACGGAUAUACAACACUCUCUUUUAUAGUACUUUUUUCUUCACCAUUUUUAAUUAUCCCUCCAUUUUUUAUGAAAAAACUAAAAACAACCAGUCGAAAAAUUAUUGCGAUGAUUAUUCUCUCGGAUGCGAUAACUUCUACUUCGUCUUUCAUUCGGUUCUUGUUCGGCGAUGUUCCCGACAACUAUGCCUUCGACCCAGAGGAGUCGGAGCAAAAUAUGGACGCUAAUUUGUGCUUUGUCGGAGCUUUAAUCAGCAAAAUUGGCUUAUCUUCAUCUCUCAUUUGGACAUCUCUUCUAUUUGUCAACCUACUCAUAGCAAUUGAUGAUAAGUCUAGUAGAGUUCCAUCAUGGUUCAUCGAGCAUAAGUUUCUAACAAUGAAUAUGAUCGGAUGGUCCCUUGGUCUUAUCACAAAUUUGCCUCAAGUUUUAUUUGUGCGAACAUACAAUAUUGCGUACAGUAAGACGUACAUAAGUCCAGCUUGUUGUCGAAUAAACUUUACUUAUGUCGAAAAAGAUGGCGAGUGCAUUAUUGACACUCAUGGGGAAACAGCUUUUGUUAUUUCAAAUUUGAUAACUCUUCUGCUAAUUGCACUAAUUUGGGUACUGCUUUUAGUUGUAAUUUUUAAAGCCAAACGUUCAUUCAUACGAAACAACCGCCACGCAGAAAUUGAAGCCGAAAGCUCAGAUGUUAAAAUGACUGGGUAUUCAAUAGCGCGUGAUUACUCUUUCAAAAUUUACAAAUGGUCGCUACAGUUUUCGAUUCCAAGUUUGGUGUACUCGUUUGCUUUUAUCCCUUCAAUUUUUAUACAGUUCUACGAGCUUUACAAUGGACCAAUUAACAAUAAUGCUGAAUUUGCUUUGAAUGUGUGGCUUAUGCUUGAAGGACUUAUGGUCGCAAUUUGCAACUUGAUUUUCUACGGUUUGUACAGUUCAAGCUUCAGAGCAGAAAUGAAGCGCAUGUUUAAGAAAUUAGUUCAAACCUUGCAAAAGCAUAAAAUGUGUUUGAAGACCGAACAACCACGUGAAGUAGAUGUGAUCGAUUAUGACGAUGACCAUUACUGGGAAUGUCCGUCUUCUAUUGAAUCGAAAGACACGUUUGAUUUCAAUUCCGAGGAAGAAAGUUUCGUGAUUAACCAGGGUUGAAACUUUCAAAAAUCACGGCCUAUCGAUGUUUUUAAAACUUAUUUUUUUCUCAUAAACGCGUUUUGAA